AAAAAAAAGUAUAUAAAGUGUUGCUUACACGUUGUACACUAUUUUCUUUAAGUCUUUCCGACGAAUAUUAUUGUUUUUAGUACCUAUAAACUAUAAUUUCAGUAUAAUAUUAUAUGUACAAUAUACAUAUUACAUAUACUAUAAUAUAUAGAUCAACCGUGGCGAACAUCUUAAUACUCGUAUAGUAUUGCAAUAAUAUAUUAGAUAACACGGCAGGCGGAUAAUAAUAUACCUAAACACUCGCGACCGACGACUGCAGCGCAUAACGAUGGCAAAUCCCAGGAGGACAUCUGACGGCGACAGGACGGUGGCGCGAAAUCCUGCGGAGAAGGACGACGCCGACGGCGGUACGGUCUUGGACGUGGAGCUGUUCAAGUCGAUCGGAAUGUACCAGCUGUUGCGGCCGGUCGAGUGCGGCCUGGACGUCGGCCGGUGCCGGUCGGCCGCUCUGGCGGUGGUGUUCAUGACACUCGGGCUGCAGUCGAUGCAGGUGGCCCGGCUGUACCUGGCCCGUCACGACUUUCAGAUGUUCGCCAACAUGGGCGUGUUGGUCGUCAACGGGCUCAUGUGCCUGCUCAAGGGCUACAUGGUGGUGGCCAACGCGGACCGGAUGUGCUCCACGCUGGACGCGACCCGGUACGCGUUCACCGGUUGCGGUGGCCGCGACCCGUCCGAGCUGCGCCGGUGCCGGGCCACGCUGUCCACCAUCCUCCGCACGUUCGUCGCCCUCAGCUUCGGCACGCUGGUCGUGUGGGUCAUCAUGCCGUGGUUCAUGGCGUCCGAGUACGACGACAUGCCCACCGUCUGGGCGGUGGUGUACGUCGUCGAGUCCACCAUACUCACCGUCAACGUGUUCUGUUGGACGUCGUUCGACUGUUACCUGGUCACCAUGUGCUUCGUGUUCGACGCCCUGUUCCGCACCAUGUCCACCGGUUACGAGACGCUCGGCCGCAGUCGGUCGGGUGAUGCGAAGUUAUCGGCGCGUCAACAGUUCGACACCGUGGCCGCGGGUGCCGCGAUAAGCAAGACGUCGAUAACCGAUGACAACUUGGACGAUUUGAAAAGUCACAUUAUUGACAAUAAAAAUAUAAUUGAACAGUACGAUGCGUUUUUCGAUGUCGUUAGACCAAUGGUUCUGAUCCAAAUAGCUGAUGGAUCAUACUCAAUAAUCACGCUGAUAUUUCUCACAUCGUUGGUGUAUCUCAAAGGUUAUUCGAUCGUGUCAGCGCCAAUUUUGAAAUUUGUCUGCGGACUGGCUUCGCUCACCAUUGAACUGUACAUUUAUUGUUACGGGUUCAACCACAUAGAAGAUGGGAAAUCCACGGUGAAUUUUGGACUUUACAGCAGCAAUUGGACAGAGAUGGAUUUGAAAUUUAAAAAAACUUUGCUGUUGGCUAUGACUAUGAACUCUGCUCACAAACGAGUGAUGAAAGUAUCACCAAAUUCCAUCGUAAAUCUGGAAAUGUUCUCUAGGGUGAUGAACAUGUCAUAUUCGAUAGUGUCCGUAUUACUAAAUUAUUAAGAGCCUGUCAAACAUGUACCUAUAGCUGGCGAAUUUAUUUUGCAAUAAAUCGGUGGAAAAUUAUUUAUUU